ACGAAUUGUUUUCCCACUGUUUUUUUUUUUUUUUCCUUUGAGGGCCGUCGUCGUUUCGCCGUCGUUCGUUGUUGUCGAUCGUUCUGGUGUUUUUUUGGGGUUGUGUUUCUUGCGUGUGUAUCUACCCGGCAUAAUGAAUCACCUCGAGCUACCUCCCUUGGCACAUGUUGUUACGCAUUCAAAGCCCAUAGAUCUGAUUCAGAGAGACCAAAAGUUUUCGAUAUCUCCUUCUCUUCACCCACCACUCCUCCUCCCGCCCGCGAUAGAAGGCCCUUUCUAUCAACCGCCCGCCUCCCCACCGACUCCUGCACAUGCCCUUCCACAGUUUAGACCACGAGAUUUGAAAGAGUAUGGAGAUCGGUCCAUCACGGACUCACAUUUUGACCGCCGCAUCCAUCCGCCUGUACCACGAUUGUUCCCGCCUCCCCCAGGGUCUCCGGCAGCUGUCGCUGCGGCAGGGUGCGGGUCGCGCGAUACCCAAUGCUCUAUUGCCCCUCCGUUCCCGGUGCAUAUCAAAGUAGAAGACGAUCGACAGUCGUUUUACUCGCCUCACUCUCGAUCGUACCAAGACUCCCCUGUGCACGCGUCAUCCCGCCAAUCCAUUCAACCUUCUCCUCCGCCUCCGCUGCCACCAAAAUCCCACGCAACCUCUCCCGAAAGCUCACCAACUAUAACAAAGAUACCUCCAGUGACAACGACAACAACCAACGCGAGCGGUGACACCGUCAUCGUUACAACUCAUCACAAUGGCACUACCAAACACUCCAAACUGUACCGAUGCCCUUCACCAAACUGCUCCAAAAUGUUUACAAGGCGCUACAACCUUCAGUCCCACAUGCGAUGUCAUUCGGGGGAAAGACCAUUUGUAUGCAAAUACUGCGGAACAACCUUUUCGCGUAAACAUGAUCUAAGACGGCAUACCCGAUCGCUACAUAGCGAAGAUCGACCACACCACUGUGGAUUCUGCAGUCUGUCAUUUGCAAGAUCGGAUGCGCUCAAGCGACAUUUAGCAUCCGAGGCCAAACGAUGUUCUUCACAUCCUCCAUACCCUCCGAUACCAAACGCUACCGACUCCUCAUCGCAUCAUGAGGAGGAAGAUGAGGUUCCUAUAAAGGAAGACAAAGGGGAAACUUUGUAAUUGUCCCGAGAAUCAGUUAUGUUUACACACGUGGGGUUUUUUUGUACUCGUUUGUUUAUAGCAGGAUCCAAAAUACUUUUGUGUAUUUAACAGCGAAACACAGCUGUAGUGUUAGGGAGAAUAAAACUCAUUGUGAGAGUCCACACAGCUCACGAGGCGGAGAGUAACGCAACGUGCCAAUAAAACUCUCAGGUAUUGCGCCAAAUGAUAUACAAACACACAAAAAAUGCCUAUUUACUGGGAUUUUCCACACGAUAAUCCCGCCAUCAAUUCUCCAUAACCUACGGCCUCUCAUGCCAGCCUCCUCGAUACAAUUGGCGACAUCCUAAUCCUUCCCUCAAUUUGUCUUCCCACCAAUGGCAUAUCCCGCUUGGGACGCCAUCGAUCGAGUGUUUCCACCAAUUCCAUAUCCAGUUGCAUAAC